AUGAGCGCCAACGCCGAACAGUCGAUGAGCAUCGCGGCCAUGGAGCAACGAUUGAAAGAAAUGGAGGAGCAGCUCAAGCUCCAAGCUUCGGAGCUGCUCCAGAAGACGUCUGAGUUGAAGGCGUUGGAGGAGAAGAUGGCUCAGCCACCCACGUGCGAGAUCUGUGCGUUUCCGUACAGUGCUGAAGGGGACCAUGUCCCACGACUACUUGGUUAGUUUUUCGGAGUGAGCCUACACAAAUAAUGAGUUUUUCUUUCAGAAUGUGGCCACACAGUGUGUCACAAGUGCACGGAGAGCCUUGUGACAAAGGAUCCAAUGUUCUGCCAGACACUCAUCAAGUGUCCAUUCGAUCGGCAGAGGUUUCUGCUCAAUAAGGACCUGGCAAAGCUGCCGAAGAAUUAUUUUAUUAUACAAAUGCUUUCUAGAUCUUAA